AGCAUCUCUCCUACCUUCCUAGACACCUCCACUUCGCUACUCCAGAGCUGGAAGUCAGACCUGCAACCAGCAGGCGGACUCACGUCCUUUCCUUUCCUCUUCCAAGAGCCACCCAACUCCCGGCUGCGCGCUCCUCCAGCCCCUGCGGCCAGCGCUCGGCGGGCAUCCGCUCCCUGAGGCUGCCGCGCGGCGCAGCUCCAGCAUCCUCGCCGAGUUCCCUUCUGCUCCCUGUCCGUCUUCCGCCCCCUCCAUCACACCUGCUCCCCCUCUUUGCCUCUCUUCCGCACAAUCGUCAAGCCCCCAGCUCUCGCCGGCGCCUCUUUAGCAACCUCGCCCUUCCCAGCCCCCGCACAUUCCCAAACGCCCGGUCUCCCCCGCUGCCAUGAGCUCCCCCAUCGGCAAGAGCCGCUCCCUUGCCGCCUUCCUACAGGAGCUGCGCAGCCUGGGGCAGCCCCCCAGACCCGUGACAUCUACGGCGUGCGGGCCCCGUCGGCCGCGGGAGGUGCCCCUCUGCCCCAUGAUGGAACAGGGCGAGGCGCAAGACGCGGCCGCCCUGCCCGGUCCCACCAAGUGGCCACUGCUGGGCAGUCUGCUGGAGAUUCUCUGGAAAGGAGGGCUCAAGAAACAGCACGACACGCUGGCGGAGUACCACAAGAAGUAUGGCAAGAUUUUCCGCAUGAAGUUGGGUUCCUUCGACUCGGUGCACUUGGGCUCGCCGUGUCUCCUGGAAGCGCUCUACCGCACGGAGAGCGCGUACCCCCAGCGGCUGGAGAUCAAACCGUGGAAGGCCUAUCGCGACUAUCGCGAGGAGGGCUACGGACUGCUGAUCUUGGAAGGAGAAGACUGGCAGAGGGUCAGGAGUGCCUUUCAAAAGAAACUAAUGAAACCAGUGGAAAUUAUGAAGCUGGACAACAAAAUCAAUGAGGUCUUGGCUGAUUUUACAGGUAGAAUAGGUGAGCUCUGUGACGAGCGAGGCUGCAUUGAAGACUUGUACAGCGAGCUGAACAAAUGGUCAUUUGAAAGCAUCUGCCUUGUGCUAUAUGAGAAGAGAUUUGGGCUCCUUCAGAAGAAUGCAGGUGAUGAAGCUUUGAACUUCAUCAUGGCCAUCAAAACAAUGAUGAGCACGUUUGGGAGGAUGAUGGUUACGCCAGUCGAGCUGCACAAGAGCCUCAACACCAAGGUCUGGCAGGCGCACACUCUGGCCUGGGACACCAUUUUCAAAUCGGUCAAAUCUUGUGUCGACAACCGGUUAGAGAAAUAUUCUGAGCAGCCCAGCAUGGAUUUCAUUAGCGAUAUUUAUCACCACAAUCAGCUUUCAAAGAAGGAAUUGUAUGCGGCUGUGACGGAGCUCCAGCUGGCUGCGGUGGAAACGACAGCAAACAGCUUGAUGUGGAUUCUCUACAAUUUAUCUCGUAAUCACCACGUGCAACAAAAGCUGCUUAAGGAAAUUCAGAGUGUACUGCCUGAGAAUCAGAUGCCACGGGCAGAGGAUUUGAGGAAUAUGCCAUAUUUAAAAGCCUGUCUGAAAGAAUCUAUGCGGCUUACCCCGAGUGUGCCAUUUACAACUCGGACUCUUGACAAAGCAAUGGUUCUGGGGGAAUAUGCUUUACCCAAAGGAACAGUAUUGAUGCUAAAUACCCAUGUGUUGGGGUCCAAUGAAGAAAAUUUUGAAGAUUCAAGUCAGUUUAGACCUGAACGAUGGCUUCAAGACAAGAAAAAGAUCAACCCUUUUGCCCAUCUUCCAUUUGGCAUUGGGAAAAGAAUGUGCAUUGGUCGCCGAUUAGCCGAGCUGCAGCUCCACUUGGCUGUCUGCUGGAUCGUCCGCAAAUAUGACAUCGUGGCCACGGACAAGGAGCCUGUGGAGAUGCUGCACUUGGGCAUCAUGGUACCCAGCCGACAGCUCCCCGUCGCUUUCUACCAGAGAUAGGAGGCCUCAGG